AUGGCUCUCACCACAUCUCGUCAGCUUACAGGGCCUGCAGUACCUCUAGUGUUAUGGAUUCGCGUCACCCCAUCGUGGUUCAGCGGUAUACUCGCUGAGGCAUUUUUGCAGAUCCCAAUUCGUCCGGAGGAUAGGCGCAAGACGGCGUUCUGCAACCUUACUUGCAAACUGGAGUACACUUCCGGAAUGUGGCGCGGAGUUCUUGCAGCACCUCGGGCGGGCGCUGCAGCAGGCGUUGAAGCAGAUCCAGCCAAGAUCGAGGCGGUUCAGAGGUGGCCGCUACCGCUUUACACACGGGCGGAGCUUCAGAAGAUCCUCGGGCUCGCCUCAUACUACCGCAAUUCCAUUCCUGGAUUCGCUCGCAUUGCUGCCCUUCCAGGUGAUCUGCUUACGAAAGACAAAGAGUUCAUCUGGACGGAGAAUGAGGAUGAAGCCCCCGAUGCCUCAUCCGACACCUGA